AUGAAGAAGAGGCUCCAAGCUCAACAAACCAUGGCACUCCGUGAAGCGGUGGACGCACCGUGGUAUGUACCUAACAGAGUGCUAUAUGACGAACUACGACAGGUACCGGUCGUAAUCCAGAUGAGAGAGAGGGCCAGAAAGUCUUUGAAAAGAAAUGUGCUGAUUGAAGCCGCCUUGGAUUACGACCCAAAGAACAAUAAGGCGUCAUAA